UAUCAAAACGCGUCAAGCGUUCGGUGAGGUCGAGCGGGGUCGCGGUGGCGGGCUUCUGGUAGCUGUUCAGCUAGGUUUCCGCUGUCGCGUCGUCACCUCUGCAGUGCCCAGACUGCGCGCCAGGCCCAGUACUAAAUGUAAAGAUUUUGAAGACAUGUAUACUGGUUUCAGGCUACAUGGAUCUUGGCUUAGUGCAUAUCUGCUGUUAUAGUGCUUAGUAGCAUCACUCUUUGAUGGUGUGUGAAGAUAGCCCAGAGAAUUGAGGAAGUUUCUGAGAAGAGUGUGCACAGGAUGUGCCACGAAAAAUCUGAGUACUGAAGAAAGUGAGCAUCAUGGAUCAGAACAACAGCCUGCCACCUUACGCCCAGGGCUUGGCCUCCCCACAGGGUGCCAUGACUCCUGGAAUUCCCAUCUUUAGUCCAAUGAUGCCUUAUGGCACAGGACUGACACCACAGCCUAUUCAGAACACCAGCAGUCUGUCUAUUUUGGAAGAGCAACAAAGACAGCAGCAACAGCAGCAGCAACAGCAGCAGCAGCAGCAGCAGCAGCAACAGCAGCAGCAGCAGCAGCAGCAGCAGCAGCAAGCAAUAGCAACUGCAGCAGCUGUAGUACAGCAGUCAGCAUCCCAGCAACCCACACAGGGUGCCUCAGGCCAAACCCCACAGCUCUUCCAUUCUCAAACUCUGACCACUGCACCCUUGCCAGGAAAUACCCCUCUGUACCCUUCUCCAAUGACUCCUAUGACUCCCAUUACUCCUGCCACACCAGCUUCUGAGAGCUCUGGAAUUGUACCACAGCUACAAAAUAUUGUAUCCACAGUAAAUCUUGGUUGUAAACUUGACCUAAAGACCAUUGCACUUCGUGCCCGAAAUGCUGAAUAUAAUCCCAAGCGUUUUGCUGCUGUCAUCAUGAGGAUAAGAGAGCCACGAACCACUGCUCUGAUUUUCAGUUCUGGAAAAAUGGUGUGCACAGGAGCCAAGAGUGAAGAACAGUCUAGACUAGCAGCAAGAAAAUAUGCCAGAGUUGUGCAGAAGUUGGGUUUCCCAGCUAAGUUCUUAGACUUCAAGAUCCAGAACAUGGUGGGGAGCUGUGAUGUGAAGUUCCCCAUAAGACUGGAAGGCCUUGUGCUGACUCACCAGCAGUUCAGUAGCUAUGAGCCAGAAUUAUUCCCUGGAUUAAUAUACAGAAUGAUCAAACCCAGAAUUGUUCUCCUUAUUUUUGUUUCUGGAAAAGUUGUAUUAACAGGUGCUAAAGUUAGAGCAGAAAUUUAUGAAGCAUUUGAAAACAUCUACCCUAUCUUAAAAGGAUUCAGGAAGACCACGUAGUGGCUGUUCUGUACUCCUGCCUCCCCUACCCACUUUUUUUUUUUUUUUAAACCAAUCAGUUUUGGUACCUCUGAUGGUACAGUUGUGAGAAAGUGGAUGCUCUAGUUACAGGUGGCAGCAUCACAUGACACUAUGUGUCCUACUGCAGGAUGCUGGGAAUGUUACCUCUGCAUUGAGGUCACCCUGCAGCAUUACUGUGAGUUGCUUGUUCUGUACUGAUAUUUGGGCAGCACUGCCCAUUUAUUUAUAUUCAGAUUUUAAACACUGCUGUUGACAAGUUUGUUGGUUUAAGGGACAGAACUUUUUUCAAGCAGCCUGUACAAUUAAUUGGACUUUUUGUUUUGUUUAACUUUUCCCCAUAAACCACAAUUUUUAUAUUUCUACCAGAAAAGUAAAAAUCUUUUUUAAAAAUGUUGUUUUUCUAGUUCGUUAAGUCUUAGGACACAUUCCACCUUUUCAUUAUUGCAGGACAGAAUAGUUGUAUUAAUGAAAGCAAAUGGCUAUACAUACUUUCCUUUCUUCAGUAUUCUGCACAAAACAAUGAAGCUUGUAAAUUGUUAAAUUUUUGUUAUACCUUGUAAGAGUUAUGUGAACAUACUGUCAAAAAAAUUUUAUUUUAGAUAUAAUGCCUAAGACUAUUUUGUUGUUUGCUUGUCAUUUUUUGCUUAACAUCUUUUGUCUGUUAUAGUGAAAAUGGACAUGCCACAAUGCACUAUCAAUUGUGAUCCCCAUUGAGCACUCCUGCUUCCUAAAUAGUCCAUGGUGUCUGGUGUCUUCACCAGACCAGUUGUUUUGUUCCUUUUUGAGGCCUUUGCCCAAGGUUCUGUAGCUAGUAAAAGACAAAGGGGGACUGCAAGUUCCUCAGGUAUGGAAUCUGGUGCCUUGUGCCUAGACUGCUAGUCCUCUGGUAUAGCACUUUGUUGAGGGACUUUUUUUUUCAUGAAAUACCAGGUAGGCAUUUGGUUUUUUUGGUCCUUUUUUGAGACAGGGUCUCCCUGUAGCCCCAGCUGUCCUUGAACUCACAGACAUCCGCCUGCCUCUGCCUCCUGAGUGCUGGGAUUAAAGGCAUGCGUGACCACGCCCAGCUCCAGGUAGACAUUUGUAAGUCCUUGGGUUAUUGGGGGGGGUAGGGUAUAUUUUUAUGCCCUUUUAAAUUGUAAAAGUAAAUUUGCACAGUUCAGAGGUAUGUAAUCAGAAAGAAGAGGUCUUUUCUUCCUUUCCCUUCUGCCUAUUUCCCCAGGGUCACUUCCAGAUUACUGGGGUCUUCUAAACCUUGUUUUGUGCAAUUCUGUCCUUUGAGGCUGCUUUUGAUCUCAUUUUUAGAAAAACACUAAAGCAUGUGUUCACUUUGGUGACUUUCAUUUUUUCAGUCAGUAUUAUCAAUCCAAGACCAUUUAUUUGUUCUGUUUUGAUAGAUCAAUAUUAGAUUCUAACCAUAAAAGCAAGUGUACAAAACACCCUUUCUUGGGCUUCCUAGUCAUUACUGUUGUCAGUAAUGUAUGAACUACUUGAAAAGACAUCAUUCCAGUAUUAUAUCUACGUCUCUCCAAGAUGUCUCUCUCCAUGUAAAUAGGUGUUCUCUAUGUUCCCACAGUAAAGUUUAUAAUUCCUUUCAUACACAGCGUUUUCAUUUCAUAAAAGUUAAUGCUUUCAAUAUACUAGUUUGUUUUAAUUUUUCCAUAACACUUUAAGGAAAGUGAUAUGCUGGUAUGUUUAAUUUCUCCAGUCUUUUAACUGAACUCUUAUUACUGUUAUAGUUGAGUGCAUUUCAACCUAGGCAUAUAGUCUCUAUUUUUAAUUUUUUCCCACAUUUCAGUACUACCUUUUUAUUUUUUUUUUUAAGGCAUGUAGUCCAGGUGGCCUUAAACUUAGUGAAUCUGCCAUCUUAGCUCCUCGAGUAGCUGAGAUUAUAGGCCUGAGCCAGGGUUUUUAUUUAGCCAGUUCUAUAUUAUAUAUUCUUUUAUCCUUAUUUUAUUAGAUACUGGGGAUAGACCAUAGGACUUUGCUUGCAAGAGAAGUACUCUGAUUGAUCCACCCCCAGACUAGAACCCUUAAUUUUUUUAUUAUGUGUAUGAGCAUAUUGCCUACAUGUAUGUGAGUUCAUCUGUGUCAUGCAAUGCCAUGGAGGUCAGAAGAGGGCAUCGGAUUCCCCUGGAACUGGAGUUAAGAACGGUUCGUAGCCACCAUGUGGGUGCUGAGAAUCGAACCCAGGUUCUCUGCAAGAGCAGGUAGUGCUCUUAACCGCUGAGCCAUCUCUCCAGCCCUGAGAGCCCUUAGUUUUUAAGGACGUACUCUCAUUGUAAAUUUACCGUACAUAUAUUACACAUGCAACAGCCUUUUUGAGGAAGUAGUUUUGAAGAGAAAGGGUUUCACUAUGUAGCCCAAACUGAUUAUUCUGUGGCCCAAGGUGGCCUUGAACCCACAAGCCUCCUGUCCCUGCCUCCUGAGUGACUCAGUUAUCUCCCUCUUGAUACCACUUGUGAAUUAUCUCAAGGUUCAUCCCAAUGUACCCAAGUGACUGGACACUGCAACAUUCAUGCUCAUAGUAUCUGAGGUUGCCCCCAAAUAAUAGUUCUUGCCACUUACAAAGACCUUAAUGUAUUUAGUCUCCCACGGCUAUGGGCUAUAAUGCCAGUUCUAGUUUGUUCUUAGCUACCUCAGAUUAAAGAUGAACGGCAUUUUUUCCUUUAAAGUAGCCUGAUAACUGAUACAUCUCCCCCAUAAGAAGCAACAGAGCAGUUUUCCAAAUGGUGUUACAUGUGUCUUGCGUGCAAAUAUGGACACUCGUAGGCUACGAUUUGUAAUAUGCCAUAACCAGGUAGUCAGUGACACUGGAAUAUGAUGUAACUGCUUGUCAAUGACAUUAAAAUGUAAUAUGACUUAAGAUUA